UCGGCAAUGUGGCAAACUGAAAACGAACUAUGGCGAAUAACGAGUGGUGGAGUGCAGCCCUACGAGGCGCAUCACAGCACACACGCACAGAUGGCAGACAAUUUACAUACGGCACUGCCGGUUUCAGAGCAAGGGCUGAUACAUUAGAUUCUGUAUUGUAUCGUAUGGGUUUAUUGGCUGUGCUGAGAUCCAAAGCUACUAAAGCUGCCGUUGGUGUGAUGAUAACAGCCUCCCACAAUCCUGAGUGCGAUAAUGGAGUCAAAUUGAUCGAGCCAAUGGGUGAAAUGUUAGUAGCAUCAUGGGAGAAACAUGCUACAUUAUUGGCCAAUGAAAAAGACGGGGACAUCGUUGGAGCCUUGCAGAAAAUAGUUGAAUGUGAAAUGAUUGAUGUUUCGCAAACUGCUCACGUUAUAAUUGCAAGAGACACCAGGCCAAGUAGUCCAGGCCUAUCUCAGGCAUUAACAGAAGGUGUCCAGUCAUUAAAUGCAGAAUACAAGGACUAUGUGCCAGUUGCUUGCGUUGCGACGGGUGUCAAGCACCUCCAUCACAGAGCACUAGACUAUGAUAUUGGUGUAUACUUUGAAGCAAACGGACACGGAACUGUACUGUUCAGUAAAGAAGCAGAAGAGAAGAUUAAUGCGGCAAGUAAAAACGAAAGUCUUGCUCCAGAGAAGAGAAAAGCUGCUGAAAAUUUAAGUAAUUUUAUUGACAUUACAAAUCAGACUGUUGGUGACGCAUUGGCUGAUAUGUUAAUUGUGGAAACUAUUUUAGCCGCUGAGCGGUGGCAUAUCAGCGACUGGAAUGCCAUCUAUACUGAACUUCCAAACAGGCAGGUGAAAGUCAAGGUAAAAGAUCGUUCAGUUAUCCAGACAACCGAUGCAGAGAGGCGCACAACAUCUCCUGCUGGACUGCAAUCAUUAAUUGAUGAACUGGUAGCAAAAUAUAAACAUGGAAGAUCAUUUGUUAGACCAUCAGGAACUGAGGACAUUGUAAGAGUUUAUGCUGAGGCAGAUACCCAGGAAAAUGCUGAUAUGCUGGCUUACGAAGUCUGUGUCAAAGUUUUUGAACUUGCUGAUGGAGUAGGAGAUGUACCACAACGGCCAAAAUAAGAUAGCUACAUGUGUCAGAACUCAAAGACCAAAUUAAAUACGUAUUUAAAUUAUUUCCAUAUUUAUUGUCAGCUCUUGUUGUCUUCCAUAUAAGGCUGUAUAUGCCGCUAUCAUACUUUAUAGCAAAAUGAUUUGCUUUGGUGUCUUUUUGCUUCAUAUUAAUA